GGGUGGUAACAGGGACAGUGGGAUCAAGCCCAGCCCUCAGGAUACUCCUCAGUCCUUCAGGUCAGCACAGAUGUGGGAGACAGGCUCCAAGCAGCCAGGCUUUUCCAUGAGCCUGUCAGGCUGCUCUCCCAUGAGGUGUCUGAGUGCGGGGAAGCCCAGUUCAGAGUGGUUCCCCACACUGGGGUCUGGAAUGGGCCUUGAGAGGUGAUCAGAGGCUCCCGCCUGGGCAGUUCCUCUGCCCCCAGGGCCUUGCACCCCUUCCCCAGCACCCCCUGUGUCCAGGGCAGGUCUGUGCCCACAGGGGACACUGCCCUGGCUGCUCCAGGGCUGGGCUUCCCUUGUGCCCCAGUUCAGCCUGGCAUGGGCUGACCUGGCUAGACCCUGCAGAGGCAGAUUUGGGUCCUGGCAGGGUCUGAGCUCCCACCCCACAGGGCUUGGGAUUCCAACCCGGGAUGUUCCGUGUCAGGAUGCUCCGUGCUGGAAUGCUCUGGAUGGGGAGGAUGCUCUGUCCCGGGAGGUCCCGAGCAGGCGCGGCGGCCUUUAAGGGGAGGGACGGAAUCCUGACCCGUCCCCGGGCCCUGAAAGCCUCGGCAGACCGACCGAGCCCGGCUCCGAGCCGCCGGGGCCGCCAUGGGCUCCCUGGGGCGCUGCCUGGCCCGGAGCCUCCCCGGGCCCCGCUGCUACUGCUCCGCCCCCGCGGCGCUGCAGGAGAGGACGCUGCUGGUGGCCAAGCCGGACGCGGUGCAGCGGCGGCUGCUCGGGGACAUCAUCCAGCGCUUCGAGCGCCGCGGCUUCCAGCUGGUGGCCAUGAAGCUGCUCCAGGCGGACCGGAGCCUCGUGGAGCAGCACUACGAGCAGCUGCGGCUGAAGCCCUUCUACCCCGCGCUCGUCGCCUACAUGACCUCGGGGCCGGUGGUGGCCAUGGUGAGGGGACAGCCCGGGGGGCGCGGGGGGCUCAGCUGUCCCUGUCGCUGUCCCUGUCCCUGUCCCGCAGGUGUGGGAGGGCUACAACGUGGUGCGGUGCACGCGGGCCAUGGUUGGGGACAGCAGCGCCGUGGGGACAAUCCGCGGGGACCUCAGCGUGCACAUCACCAGGUAGGGCCGCGGGGGCGGGCCCCAGGGCGGUGGCACUGUCCCCAUCGCUGUCCCCUCGCAGGAACGUGGUCCAUGCCAGCGACUCCGCCGAGGCGGCCCAGCGGGAGAUCGGCUUCUGGUUCCGGCGGGACGAGCUGGUGGCCUGGGACAGCAGCGACAGGGACAACAUCUACGGGCUCUAGGGUCGGGCCGGCCGGGGGCACCCCGCCCCCAAUAAACCCCGGUGUCCCCAGCUCUGAGUCCAGUCUGCUCCCUCGGAUGUCACCAGGAAGCUCUGGGAGGCACUGGGAUGUACUGGGAGGCACUGGGUGAUCAUGGAGGGCACUGGGAUGUCCCCAGAGGGCACUGGGGUGGUACUGAGAAGCCCCAGCAGACCCUGGGCUGUCCCUGGGGAGUACUGGGCUGUACUGGGAAGCUCUGGGAUGUCCCUGGUACAUCCGUGGAAGGUACUGGUCGGUACUGGGAAGCCUUUUGAGGCACUGGGAUGUCCCUGGGAGACUCUGAGGAGCUCUGGGUGUCCAUGGACUGUUCCUGGGGGACACUGGAGCUGUGCUGGGAAGCUCUGUGGGAAACUGGGAUGGUGCUGGGAAGCUCUGGGAUGAGCUGGGAUGAACCCUGGGAGCACUGGAGCCGUACUGGGAGGCUCGGGAAGCCCCUGGGAUGCCCCCGGGAGCACUGGAGCUGUACUGGGGGGCCCUGCGAAGAGCGGGGCUGUGCCUGGGGGCGGCAGGGGCUCUGCAGGACAUCAGGGUGGGGUCUGAGCUGUGAAACUGGGAACUCCG